AUGGCUGCAGCUGUGUCCCUGCCACCGAUUAGUUCUAAAAAUUCAAAUACAAAAACCACGAAAUAUUUAUCGCCACCACAUUCAGCUGAAAUAAAACAUAUUCGACUACAAUUAGAUCCAUUACGUUUACAUGAACCAGCUCGCACAAAAUUAUCAACACUAGAAACACAACGCAUCAUGAUUGUAUUCGAUGAUCUUGUAAGAAAAAUAGAAUUAGUAGAAUAUUUACCGAUUAUCGUGAAUAAUAUGGAUUUAUUUAAAAAUAUACUCGAUCAAAAUACAGUUGCGGAAAUUGAUCGUCACAAUCGAUUGAAAGCGGCCUAUGAAAGUGGACAUAGUUUAAAAUCAAUUUCCAAUAUGUUAAUGUCACAGCAGCAAACGGAAAAAGCUGCCUAUCACUACUAUAUUCAACAGUCAAUACGAAAUAUACUAAGGGAUAUUUUACAUAAAAAUCGAUUUGAUAUCAUUAAAGAAACAUUGUCCUCAAAUGAUUUGCUACCACCACAAAAGGAAGUUAUGAAAAUUUUGAAAACAUUAAGAGAAAGUGCAAUGGAACGUUUUUUAACCACGCCAAAUGAAGAGCGUGAAAAAGUAGAAGAACUGACAAAUUUAAAUGAUCGAUUAAUAUCAAAUGAACGAGUGAUACGAAAAUUAGAAAAAGAACUCAACGAUGCUAUACAAGAACGUGAUACAGAAGUAGGGAAAUAG